CGUUUUCUUUGGUACAAACAUGGAGGGCGGCGACAGCAACAUCCUUGAGAGGCUGCUGCAGGAUAUAUGCCACCGACCAUCAGCAUCCACGAUCCCAGCUCAUGUGGUAUCGUGCGAGGAAAGCUUCAAGGUCACACCGCAGUUGAAACGAACCAGUACCUUGCUACUGAACGCGUCCUUCCAUUGCGAGAAGAGCUCAAGUGCCAGUCUCAUUUUGAAGCUUCUGGAUACGUUUCUCACGGCAGAUGCGGCGUUUUAUGCCGUGUUUAGCGAGCGCCUCCUGGCCCAAGUGCAAACGUUUCAGCAUUCGUUCGCGUCGGCUCGUGUGAUUGCCAUUCGGAUGCUUUCUCGCUUGAUCCGCCAUGACAAUGCAAUAACAUCUGGUAGUUCUCCUGCGUUGAAGCCAUUGAUCCACGCACAAGUCUCGAUCCUCGAGGCCACGUCCGACACCGACAACGCCCGGUUGAAACUUAGCGGCCACAAGUCCAUUCUACAGCUCGUCAAGUCCUCCCCGGCGUACUUCGAGCUUUAUUUCGACGCGAUCAGCACCACGUCGACGGCCGCGGACAGCGCGACGUUCCAGACGCGCUUUCACUUGACCAAGCUGCUCGUUGACACCUUUGCGGCCACAUUCUCGAACGCCCAACGGCUCCGAUUGCUCACUAGCUACACGUAUUGGGCGCUGGAAGCCAAAGUUCGACCCACGGACUCGCAAUUGCAAUCGUAUGCCGGCUUUGUCUCGACCAUCUCUGCCGACGAAUUCGCUAGCAUCGUGGAGCCCGUUCUGAGUCGUCUGCUUAAGCGAUCGCCGGACUCGUUGCUUCAAGCCGUGCGCGUGAUGACGCAAAGCCUGCGCAUCGACCUGGGCCUGUACGUCAUCCUAUUCCAAAUGGACAAAUAUCGAGGACAUCUGUCAUGUAAAUGCAUGUGUAGGUACUUGGGACCCAUGUUCGUGCCGGUGUUCACCGCCAAACUCCGAUCGCAAAAAGACGACGUGCGCAUCAACUGCAUUGGACUCGUGGACGCGGUGCUGCGUCGCUGCGCAGACUUUGCGCACGUCCAGACCAUUUUGACUGAAGUGCUCGGCGUGUUGGACGGCAAGCACGGCAUCCUCGCCCAGUUUUACCAGCGGGAGGCCGUGUUCACGACUCUGUACAACGCAUCGCUUCAUGCGCCGGCGUGGGAAGGGGCCGCCGCGGACCUGGCGGCGUUGGUCCUGCCCAGUCUUGUUCAAGCGUCUACAAAGGAAGCAAAUGAAGGAACGCGAUACAUUGGCCUGCAAACCGUGAGUCAGUGGCUAUCGCUUCUCCACCCAACGACGAAUACACUGCCGGCAGAUAUUUCGGCUUUUUUCACGUCGGGGCUGCAACACAAGGUGGACAGCGCCGUCGUCGCGCACGCGUACGCCCUGCUAAGUGCCCGCGAGACCGUCAGCACCGCACUGGCUCAAGAUGCGUCCAUUGUGCGCGAAUUGGUCAGGGUGGUAGACACCGCCAACAAGAAGCCAAACGUCCUCCACUUGGAUGGCGUGCUCGCUCUGUCUGUGCUGGCGUCGCUCCACGAAAGCCACCCAGACCAGAUCGCAUCCGUCCUCGAUGUGCCGUCCGCCCUUGUGAACGACAGCUUCUUCGCGACGUCGGCGGCGCUCCUGCUCCAAGCCAGCAGCAGCAGCCCCCCGUCCGUCCCCGCCGCCGGCAUCGACUCGCCUGAGGUGGCUGUGCUGAAAGCGUUACCUCAAACAAUCACGUCGGUGCUUACUCGUUCUACGCCGUCCAACCAUCGACUCUUUGGCCUUCUCAUCAGCGGCAUCAACCACGCCAAUGCGUCCUUACGCAGUACAUUCCAAGCCAAAAUCUCGUCGUUUGUGUCUGCCAACACGUGGUCGAGCGUGCAUUUCCUCGAUGCGUUUGCGCAAGGAUUGCUGGACUUGAACGACCUCAAGAUCGUGUCGCCAGAGGACAACGUGCCCGACAAGUCUGUGGGCACGUCCAUGUCUGGGGUGCUCCGGAAGAAUCUGCGGACGCUCGUGCCGGCCACAGUGUACGACAGCGACUUGGCCGUGGAGCUGCUGCCGCGACUGCUGCUGCUCACGCACCAUCCAUUGCUCGUGUUUGGCGCCCAGGAAGUGAAGUUUAGCCGCGAGUGGAACGUCAUCAAGAAACGCUUUGUCGAGCACGUGGACGAGGACUUGACCGUGUCGGACGCGGUCGACGAUCUCUUUGAGUUUAUUCCACGCCUCAAAUCGGCCACCGUCGACGCCGUGCUCGCCAGUUUGUAUUCGGACGUGCACAACACCCGCCUUAGUGGCCAUCGGGCGAUCGUAACGCUGCUCAACUUUGCCGGAAAUGGCGUGGGGGAGCACUUGGUCCUGCAUGGCCUGCUCAAGGACCAAGUGGCGCACCGGUUGGGGCGCGACGAUAUCACGGCUGUCACUGCCGACGACGUGGCCAUCUACCACACCCCGGACGACGAGCUGUACGUGGCCAAAAAGGCAGACGAAAGCGCCGCCGCCGCCACCUAUCGCGACCACGGCACGGCCGACGAACGCUGGGAACAGCAAGUUCGAGCGGAAAUCGAACGCAAACGAGGGCUGUUGGGUACGAAGGCGGCGGACGCUAAGAAGAAGCUGACCAAGGACGAAGUGGACCUCCUCCACCAACAAAAACAAGUGCGCCGACGCGUGGGUGCCGCGUACACGGUCGUCGCCCGCAUCGACUCGCUUUUGACAUUCCUGAGCGUGACCUCCCCCGACGAAAUCCAAGCCGCGCUACCGUACUUGGUCCAGCCGGUCCUGUCGCUGCUUGGCAGUCCGUUGCUGUCGACGUUUGCCCAAUCCAGCCUUCGCAGCAUCUGUCGCUGUGUCGUGCCUACGCAUUUGCGCGUGUAUUCCAACCAACUCGCCAAGGGGUUAGAAAUCGCGUUUGUGGCCACGCAUGGCCCUUCGGACCAGGCCAAGGCGACCCUCGCGGCGUCCAACGACUUGUUUGAGCGCCUCUUCAAGGCCCUCGUGAACGCUGUGUUUGGCUACGAAAUGGACUCGGAAACUGACUUUGAACUGGACGGCGAGUACAAUUUGCUACCGCCGUCGACGUUUCACUUGGUGUAUCCGAUUCUGGCUGUGUUUCUGGACACGUCCUCCACCAGUCGGUUCAAGCAGUUCAUUCUGCCGCUCUUUUCCGUGCAUGCCAAGAUGAUCAAGGAAGAGGACGAGAUGGAAGUCGGUGACGUGGCCGCGCAACGCUUGCUCCGUGAAUCCAUGAUCGUACUGACCUUGUCGUGGCUCGCCCGCGCCGAGAACGACGGGUGGGUAGCCGCCGCGCAGGUCCUGGCCCAGCUCACCGCGGGGUCGCCGCUGUCGUCGGCGGAAUUCGCGCCCUUGUUGGGGGACGCGGGCCUCUUGUCGUCCAAAGUGUUUUCCCGACGCGCGACGCUCCAAGCUAUCCGUCAAGGGUCGGACAUCACCGACGCGCCAGAGCCAGCGUUUAGCAGCACCAUUUUUAUGUCGUGCUACGACAAGGACGACGACAACAAGGAAGUGGCCCAGCAUAUUUGGGCUACGCUGGCGUUGGAUCUGCCCGACAACUUCACCGAGCCGCUCCUCCAGCUCCUGAGCCACCCCAACGCAUGUAUUCGAGAAAGCGCUGGCACAGCAUUGGCCCAUGGAUUGAAGCGCCAUCGGGACCAAGUGCGGUCGGUGUUGGACAUUGUGCGCGCCCGAUUCAUCGCGAGUUUGCCGGUGCCUACGGACGCGAGCCAAGUCGACUCGUUUGGCAUCCCCAUCGUGCACCGUCGCCCCAACAACCACCACGACGUGCUGGUUGAAGCUCAGGCAACGCUACUGACUCGCGUGGGAGCUGGGAUUCUGUUUGAACACACGGCGCUGGAAACGAUCUUGACGCCGUCGGAAGUUGUGGACGUGCUGAAGUUUAUCAUUGAACGCGGUCUCGGCGACUCAAGCGCAGACGUCCGCCACCACAUGCGCAAAGCCGGCGUCCAAGUGAUCGCCACGUACGGCGCGGCCAACAUUGCCGAGCUCGUGGCCAUCUUGGAGGCGCCGUACGCGGCCCCAGGCACGUCGCCGGAAGACAUUGCCGCGUUCGACCACCAAAAGGAAGGCAUGGUGGUGUUCCUGGGAUCCCUUGCUCGCCACAUGGACAAAGCCGACCCGAAAGUAGCGUCGAUUGUCCAGCGUCUGCUCGACAGCCUCAAGAUUCCGUCGGAACCUGUGCAGCGCGCGAUCGCGUUGUGCCUGUCGCCGUUGAUUCCAGCGGUCAAAGACCAAAGCACGGACAUUCUCAACAGCUUGCUCACGGAUGCCACCCAGGGCGAAACGUACGGCGACCGCAUGGGCGCAGCGUUCGGCGUGUCUGCCGUCGUCAAAGGACUUGGAAUCGCCGCGUUGAAACAGCAUGCGAUCAUUCCGCGCUUGGAAGAAGCCAUGAAGAGUGCCAACUCCAACUCGCGUCAAGGCGCGUUGACCGUGAUCGAGUGUUUGUGUGCGCGUCUGGGCUUUCUCUUCGAGCCAUAUGUGAUUGUGAUCCUUCCCAUCUUGCUCAAGUCGUUUGCCGACACAAACGCAAGCGUCCGGGACGCGGCCAGCUUGACGUCCAAGGGCAUCAUGAAGAACCUGUCGGCGCACGGUGUCAAGCUGGUGCUGCCGUCGAUUCUGCGCGCCGUGGACGACUCGCAAUGGCGGACCAAGCAGGCGGCGAUCCAACUGCUCGGGGCGAUGGCGUUUUGCGCGCCCAAACAACUGGGCUCGUGUUUGCCCCAGAUCAUCCCCAAGCUGACCGAGUCCCUCUCGGAUUCGCAUCCGCGGGUCAAGGAAGCCGGCCAUUCUGCGAUGCACGACAUCGCCCACGUGAUCCGGAACCCUGAAGUGUCGUCGAUUUCGUCCGUGCUGCUCGCUGGCAUCCAAGACCCCAACCGCAAGACCAACGAAGCGCUACAGGCGCUGCAGUCGAUGGUGUUUGUCCACUCGAUUGACGCGCCGUCGAUGGCACUCAUCAUGCCGAUUCUCCAGCGCGGACUCAUGGACCGGUUGUCAGACACAAAGAAGAAGGCGGCGCUGAUCGUCGGCAACAUGUGCUCCAUGGUGAACGACGCCAAGGACUUGGUUCCGUACCUCGACACGAUCGCGCCGUGUCUGCUCGCGCAACUGCUCGAUCCGAUCCCCGAAGUCCGCACCGUGGCGUCCAAAGCACUCGGGAUGCUCGUUAAGGGACUCGGCCAAAGCCACUUUCCGACGCUCGUGUCGUCGCUUCUCAGUGCCAUGAAGGCCGACAGUUCGGCCGUCGAGCGCUCCGGGUCGGCCCAGGGAUUGUGCGAGGUGCUGGUUGCCCUCGGCAUGGACUCGCUGGACACGUUUUUGCAGGAAGAGAUCUUCCCCAUCGCUCGGCACCCCAAGUCGGCUGUCCGCGAGGGGGUGUUGUGGGUCAUUGCGUUUCUCCCUCCAGCCCUCGGUCAAAUCUUUUCCAGGUACUUGACCCGCGUCCUCCCCAUGGUCGUGGCGGGUCUGUCGGACGAAGUCGAAGGCGUCCGGGAAGUAGCCAUGCACGCCGGGUCGAUUGUCGUGACUGCGCAUGCACUGACGCACACCAAGGACAUCUUGCCGUCGCUGGAAGCCGGCAUUUUCGACGACAAUUGGCGCAUCCGGCAAAGCUCCAUCUCGCUACUGGGCGACUUGCUGUACCGCAUCAGCGGGACCAGCGGCAACAAGGUCGUGUACGCCAACAACGCCGCCGAUAGCGACGACGAAGACGACAGCGUCGGCAGCGCCGCCGGCGAGCGCGCGAUCCUACGCGUGCUCGGAAAGACCCGCCGUGACCUGGUGCUGUCGUCGCUGUACAUGGUCCGCUCGGACAAUUCGGCGAUCGUGCGGCAGGCGUCGCUCGGUGUGUGGAAGAGCGUCGUGUCCAACACCCCCAAAACGCUCCGAUCCAUCUUGGAGACGCUCAUGAACACGAUUGUCGAGGCGUUGGCCGGCAGCCACUUUGAAAAGCAAGCGGUGGCCGGACGAACCCUCGGAGAAAUCGUGCGCAAGUUGGGCGAGCGCGUCAUGCCCGAAGUGGUGCCCAUCCUCCGCUCCGGCCUCGCACCUGCCAAUUCCGACGGUAUGCGCCAAGGUGUGUGCCUUGGCCUGUCGGAAGUGAUUGGCAGCUCAUCCAAGAAACAACUCGAGGACUUUGUCGACACCCUCGUCGAUGCCCUUGAAGAAGCGCUGUGCGACUUCACGCCCGAAGUGCGCGCCGCCGCCGGUCAAGCGUUCAACGUGUUCCACAAGAAUAUGGGCUACCGCUCCAUCGACGAAGUGGUGCCGCGCUUGCUGAGACGAGUGCAAUCCACCGAAGGCGAAGCCCAGCGCCGAGCGUUGUACGGGCUGCAAGAAGUGCUGCGGGCUAAAUCGCGCGAAGUGCUGCCGUACCUGAUCCCCCGCCUGCUCACGACGCCGUUGACCCAGGCACAUGUCCGCGCGAUCGCGCACAUCGCAUCCGUCAGUGGACACGUGAUUCACUACCAUAUUGACCGCAUCAUGGGCGUCUUGUUCUCGGAGUAUGUGUCGUUUGCGGGCAAACACGACGACAUCAUGACGACUGCAAUCAAGACCACGCUGCAGGCGCUGGUGCUGAGCGUCGAGGACCAAGGCGUCCAGUGGCUGUCGAGUGAAAUGUGCAAGUUUUGCGACAGCGAUAUCGUCGAAGCGCGGUACUUGGCGUGCUGGUUGAUCUCUGCGUUCUGCCAAGCCACGACGGCCAACUACAACGAGCAAGUGCCGACGUUUAUCCGGUACAUUCUGCACCGAUUCAACGACGCCGACGCGAGUGUCGUCCAAGCCGCGUCCCACAGUUUCAACAGCCUCAACACGACCAUUCGUCCGGACGAACUGGCCAAGCAUAUUGACUUCAUCCGCAACAACCUCAAUUCGAUGGUGAGCGACGCGCGGCAUCGCAAGGGCGGCGUCGGGUCGGGCGAGUUUUUGCUGCCGGGGCUCACCCUGCCCAAGGGACUGGAGCCGUUCUUGCCAGCAUACCAGUUUGCACUCAUGACCGGAACGCCCGAAGCGCGACAGAGCGCCGCCGCGGGCAUCGGGGAGCUCGUGCUGCUGUCCAACGACGUGUGCUUGAAGUCGGUCUUGAUUAAGCUCACGGGGCCGCUGAUUCGCAUUGCCGGCGACCGUUUUCCGCCCCACGUCAAGUCGGCGAUCCUGUCGACGCUCGAGAUUUUACUCGUCAAGGGCGGCGCGUCGUUGAAACCGUUUUUGCCGCAACUGCAAACGACCUUUGUCAAGGCUUUGAACGACCCGAGCGGCGAAGUGCGCACUCGCGGCGGCACCGCUUUGGCCCAGCUGGUCAAGUUCUCUCCGCGUGUGGACCCCCUCGUGUCGGAGUUGCUCGAUAAGCUGGGCAGUAGCACCGGCGGCGUCAAGGAAGCCAAUCUCCAAGCCAUCUUGGCCACGCUGUCGUUGGUCGGCAGCAAACUGUCCCCCGCGACCCUCCAAGCGCUGUACGAGUCGCUUCGUGACUGCUUGGACAGCGAAGAAGACGUGCUGCGCACGGUGGCAAGCAGCUCGAUCGGGCUCAUAUUCGACCUGUCUGACGAGAUUGGCGCCAGUCACUUUGCGGACCUCGUGUUAACCUCCGUCAGCCUCUCCACAUGGACGCGAAAGCACAGCUCCGCGCUGCUGUUGCAAUAUGCGUUGGCGUCUACCCAUACCUGGGUGAAUGAUGCCUUGGCAGGGCAAAUACAGGACCGUUUGGUCGUGUUGGCCCGGGACGACAAGCCACUGGUCCGGAUCGCGGCUCUCGAAGCCACGACGGCUGCCAUUUCCCGGUUCCCGGCUAUAUUUGCCGACUUUGUUCCGUCCGUGGUGGCUGGCCUCGGAGACGCCAACAAGGACGUUCUCCGUGCCGCCCUUCGUGUGGUGAAAAAAGUGUCCAAGCACACGUCCGCCACAACCCGACCGUUCCUCGGCCAACUGGUCGCCCCCACCUUUGUCCAUAUCAAGAGCCCCAACAUUGGAGUCAAGUUUGCGGCUGAACGGGCGCUGUUGUAUUUGUUGGAAGUGCACUCUCGACCGGCGACCAUCGCCGACUUUGCCGCAGUGUCCGAUCAAGGCAAACUCUUGACCGAGUACGUCCGCCGAGUCCUGUCCAAGCUCAACGCGAACAGCGACAGUGAGAACGACGCCUAGUAGGCAACUCGACAAGUUUAAUACAUGUAUAUCCAUGGACUCGAC